AUGUGUUCCAUUGUCCCUGCCAAUAAAAAUAAUAUUAUCAUACUGAAGACUGUUAUUACAACAAAUUCAACUGAUCGUGGAACUGCCAAUUCCCGAUCAUUAAAAUCAAUCUUUGGCUCAAAUUCAAAAAAAAUUAGUUGGAAUUCUUUUUUAAAAAUGGGACAAUGUACUUCACAAGACCAAAAAGCUCAAAAAAGAGUUAAUAGAAAAAUUGAAGAUAGAAUAAAAAAGGAUCAAUCUAUGUCAUUAAGGAUUAUAAAAUUGUUAUUAUUAGGAGCAGGUGAAUCCGGUAAAAGUACUGUAUUAAAACAAAUGAGAAUUCUUCAUAAAGAUGGAUUUUCUCAACAAGAUUUAGCUAUGAUUAAACCAGUUGUAUAUAGUAAUUGUAUUCAUAGCAUGUUAGCAAUACUUAGAGCAAUGUUUCAUCUUCAAAUUGAAUAUUUUGAUGCUGAAAGAAUUAAGGAUAGUCAAAUUGUUUUUGCUACUGUUCAUGCUAACAAAGAAGAAAUAACAGAAGAAUUAUCAUUAGCUAUGCAAAGAUUAUGGAAAGAUGAAGGUGUUCAGGAAUGUUAUAAAAGAUCUAAUGAAUAUCAAAUUGAUGAUUCAGCAAAAUAUUUUUUAGACAAUCUUCCACGUCUUAGUUCUGUUAAUUAUUUACCUACAGAACAAGAUUUAUUAAGAACAAGAAUAAAAACAACAGGAAUAACAGAAGUUUUAUUUGAGUUAAAAGGAUUGACUUUUCGGGUCAUUGAUGUUGGUGGUCAAAGAUCUGAGCGCAAAAAGUGGAUUCAUUGUUUUGAUAAUGUUAAUGCAAUUAUUUUUAUUUCAUCAUUAUCAGAGUAUGACCAAACUCUACGUGAGGAUAAUUGUACAAAUAGAAUGCAAGAAUCAUUAAAACUUUUUGAUUCCAUAUGUAAUUCACCAUGGUUUGCUGAUAUACAUUUUAUCUUAUUUUUAAAUAAAAAAGAUUUAUUUGCUGAAAAAAUUACCAGAUCACCAUUAACAGUUUGUUUUCCUGAAUAUAAAGGACAACAAAGUCAUACAGAAUGUAUUAAUUAUAUUCAAUGGAAAUUUGAAACAAUGAAUAGAUCACCAUUAAGAGAAAUAUAUUGUCAUCAUACAUGUGCAACAGAUACAAAUAAUGUUCAAUUUGUCUUGGAUGCCUGUUUAGAUAUGAUAAUUGCAAAAAAUUUAAAAUCAAUGGGAUUAUGUUAA